UUGCUAAAAAAUCUAUGAAAGUUUGCCUUUAUUAAUAAUUACUGUUGUUUUUGUAUGUUCUAUUACCAUAAAAUCGUUGUUCAACAUUAUCCAACUUUAUUCAUGAUGUUUGAUUUCAAUAAAGUAUAUGCUCUAGAACGAGCAUUUUUAAAAUCUAUUGGUAUAUAUCCUUUGAAUGAAAUGAAGUACACGUGCAUUUUAAUAACGUCUGCAAUCAUGGCAUUUGUUUUGGUUUAUCUACAUUUUGUCUUGAUGUUGAUUCAGCUGUUUUGUCAAGUUUCCAAUAUAACAAAAGCUUCAAAUAUUUUAUUAUACCUUAUGACUCACAUUGCUUUUGUAAGCAAAAUGACAAACUUCGCUCUUAACAAACACCAAAUGUGUUUGGUUGAUGAUAUUCUGAACAACCCCAUUUUUAAAACUGUUUCAUUGGGAGAAACCGAAAUAAUUGUAAACUCAAUGGUUUCGAGCAAAUAUUUAUCGGUAGUGUUUAGAUUUUUGUGUGUUGGAGUGGUAUUAUUUUAUGGUAUUUACCCAGUGAUUGAUAUUUCAUCCGAGAACAUGUACCCUUUAGACCUGUGGUAUCCAUUUGAUCCUAAUAGUUAUCAUUCCACCAUCAUUCUCUUUGAAGUAUCAUUAAUCGCACUUGGUGCAUGGACCAACUCUAAUAUUGACAUUUUAACAAUUAAAUUGAUAUCCUUGGGGACUGCACAAAUAGAAAUUUUGAAAAAAAAGCUGAAAAGUCUUGUCAAUAAUAUGGAGGAUGUUGUAACAGAUGAAAUUGUUAAUACACGUUUGAAACAUUGCAUUGAACAUUAUUCUCUGAUUUUGAGAUACGUGAAGACUGUUCAAGACCUCUUUUCAAAAGGAAUUUUUGUUCAGUUUGCUUCAAGUGUUGUGGUAAUUUGCAUGACUGGAUUUCAAUUUAUAGUCGUUCCUCUUCAAAGUAUGCAGUUUAUAUUGGUGCUUUUGUAUUUUCAAACAAUGAUGUGUCAAGUAAUAAUGUAUUGUUGGUAUGGUCAUACAAUAAUGGAAAGUAGUUCUGGUAUAAGUAUGGCUUGUUAUAUGUCUGAAUGGAAUAGAUGCAGUCCUAAGACAUGUAAAAUGUUAAUGAUAUUUAUGGAAAGAGCCAAAAGACCAAUUCGUUUUUAUGCAGGAAAUUAUUUUGUUCUAAAUUUAGCAACAUUGAUGGCAAUUUUGCGAUCUUCAUAUUCAUAUUUUGCGGUUUUACAGCGCUUGUACAAGAAAUAAUGUGUAAUUUGUUAACUUGUAUUUACUUUUAUUCAAAUGUAGUUUCUUAUUAUUAUAUAUUAUAUAAUGAUAUAUGAAUAUGUCAAACUAUAUUUGAAAUUUUAAAACCGUACAUUUUUAUUAAUUUAAUACAACAUAAUGCCUAGUAUAAUUAUUGUUCUAUUUCUGAAA